UGUCAAUGUUAGUCAAACCACAGAAUAAGUUAAACAGUGAAUAUUUGAUCUGUGGUUUGUUUGAAAAUAUUAUUUGUUUUUGUGUUCCACUGUAAUAAUUAAAUAGGUGAUGAUUAUAAUAUACAAAAAAUGAGUGAUUUAGCAAAUGCUACUGAGGCGGCGUCCCUUGCUGUCCGUUUUGACCAAAUGAAGGAGACUGAUAAGGCUGUAGAAUGCUAUCGAAGUGCCGCUCGUUUCUUGGACAGAGCUCUAAUAAGCAACCUCAUACCACCGGAACGAAGAUCUAGCUUUAGAGACAAAGUACUAGAGUAUCUCGAGAGAGCGACUGCUCUGCAGGAACACAAAGAUAGAACACACCAAAAAGAGAGUGAAAGGGUGAUGCAGCAAUGCUAUUUCCUGAUGCAACAGGCUCUGGAUGCUGAUGAAUCUAAUAUUAAAGACUUGGCAUUACAGUUGUACACAAAAGCCGUUGAAAUGGCUGUUGGUAUUAAAACAAUUGACCCAGAGAAGAGGGAAGAAUUAAACUCAUUAGCUAAACAAGCUCUGAGCAGGGCUGAGGAAUUGAAAGGGAUUAAUAUCAGUAACCUUUCAUUAAAUGAACAGAAGAAACCGGUUGCAACACCAAGUAAAGCACACUUACAAAGGGAGCAGAGUGUAGUACAGUUAAGAGUUAGCGGAAAGUACACAUACACAGCUGAAGAGAAGGAAGUACUUCGUGACACCUCAAAUAUUAAUAAUAACUGCUUCUUACCAUUCAUGGAUAUUGAUUUGUCAGAAAGGUUUCAAUAUGCGAUCCCGUUUGAAGACCGCGCAAGCGAGCUGAAGUUAUCUGUAAAGCAGGAACGCGAGUUCGACUGUUGGGUUCGCCCCCACGAGAUAUGUGCGGACCCGAAGCUGAUAGUCAAUAAUCACCUAGAUUGCUUCAGUAUUAAACAAACUAUAGUGUCAGACUGUUCGUUUGUUGCGUCGCUCGCCGUCAGUGCCUUAUACGAGCGAAGGUUUAACAAGAAAAUCAUAAGCAAUAUUAUCUAUCCGAGGAACAAGAACAAACUGCCUGUGUACAAUCCAUUCGGGAAAUAUAUGGUGAAACUGCACCUUAAUGGUGUGAGGAGAAAGGUGAUAAUAGACGACAGGUUACCGUACAGCAAAUACGGGCGGCUCUUGUGUUCGUAUUCAAGCAACAAGAACGAAUUUUGGGUGUCGAUGCUCGAGAAGGCGUAUAUGAAGGUCAUGGGUGGCUACGAUUUCCCAGGGUCUAACAGUAACAUUGAUCUGCACGCGCUAACCGGCUGGAUACCGGAACGUUGCGCCAUCCGUCCGGGUGAAGCGGACUUCAAUAGCGAUGCGUUAUACGAGAAGAUACGGAGCCGGCUCGAGUCAGGCGACGUGCUGGCCACCGUCGCCACUGGAGCUCUAGACGACGCGGAAGCAGAGAGGACCGGUCUAGUCGCCACUCAUGCAUAUGCUGUACUUGACGUCAGGGUCGCAGAGGGAGUAAAACUUCUCAAGCUGAAGAAUCCCUGGUCACACUUACGCUGGCGAGGGAACUACUCGGAGCUGGACACGGUGCACUGGACGCCCAGUCUCCGGGGGCUUCUCAACUACGACCCGGACAGCGCGGCGCAGUACGACAACGGCGUCUUCUGGAUCGACUACGCCAGUAUACUUAAGUUCUUCGACGUGUUCUACCUAAACUGGAACCCGGAGUUGUUCAAGUUUACAUAUUGCAUACACCAGAAAUGGGACGCGGGCAGCGGUCCCACCAAGGACAUGUACACAGUGGGCGAGAACCCACAGUUUUCGCUGCACGUGCAAGGCAAAGGCGCUGUGUGGCUGCUGCUCACGCGGCACAUCACCCAGAUAGACGACUUCAAGGACAACAGGGAAUAUAUCACGCUGCUAGUGUACAAGAACAACGGGAAAAGGGUGUAUUACAGGCAAGAGCCACCGCCGUACAUUGACGGUGUACCGAUCAACAGUCCGCACUACUUGUGCAAGAUCAUAGUGGGCGAGCGCGGCUGCGACCGGUACACGCUCGUGGUGUCACAGUAUGAGAAGAGCCGCACCAUCUACUAUUCGCUACGAGCGUACGCGACCUGCCCCUUCGCACUCAACAAGCUCGAGCCGUACCCGUAUCUCACUACUUUAAAAGGCGAAUGGUCAGGCCGCAACGCUGGCGGUUCCGAGAACCAUCCGCAGACGUAUCCCCACAAUCCCAAGUUUGUCCUCACGAUACCGGACAGCGUCACUCCGAGCGGCAUGGUGGUAGAACUGAGGGGACCAAAGCAGUACAAUAUCGGAAUCGACGUUACUGUUGAAUCGUUAACUGAUCCCACUGUCACUGCGCCGUUUAGGAAGGAGUCUUCAGGGGCUUACAGAUCAGGAUUUGCGGUUCUCGACCUGCCCAGCUUGCCAGCUGGACGCUACGUUCUCACUUUAAGCACGUUCUAUCCAGCGCAAGAAGGACCAUUCAUAAUAAACAUAAGGUCAACCUGUAAAUUGACUUAUGAGGCACGCAACUAGAGAGUUACCCGCAGAAGGGAACAGGCUUGUUUAUUGAGAUCUGUCCAUUAGUGUAGAGAGUUUUACUAUGACGUUACAUAGGUAUUGUAGAUUUUUAAGUCAGUUUUUAGCUCGAAAUUUAUAUAUAAUUGGCAGUGACAUUUAGUAUUUAACAAUGUUUAUAUCUAUCUACACAUCAAUCAUAGGCUGUAUGCGUUUAGUUCCUUAUCCUUUAUCAAGGGGAUAAAUGAAUUAAAAAAAGUAAAUAUAUCUAUGAGAUUUUGGCGCGAAGUUGUUUUCUAAAUUUAAAGUAUAGUCGCCAGUAUUGUGUAUAGUAAUAAAAGCAUAUGUAGAUUUUAUUUGAAAGCGUUAGAAAAAUGUUAACUUUGCCGUGGCUAAAUGUUAGGCAAGUAUUUAUAUGUAGUUAUUGUAGACGCCAGCCAUGUGAAUACUCAAUACUUGUAAACAAUUUGUAUUUUUUUUUUCAAUUUAGAUGUUUUGAUUUGAAGAUGUAAUGAACUAAAUUGUAAUGAACAAUUUGUUUCUUAUGUGUGGUAUUGUAUAAAUGAAUAAGCGUUGCUUUUAUACUUAAUGUGCGCUGUGUUGACUCUGAGUUUAUGAUUUAUUUAAUACAAAAAAUAGACAUAAAAUUAAGUUCCAAUUUAUUUUAUUAUUGGCCUGCUGUUUCAUACAUAAUGUAUAAUUUCGUCCAUACCUUUAUCUCUUAAUAUGUGUAUAUACACAUAUUAGGCAGAAAAAUUUAAUUUGUCAAAUAUUUUUAUCAUUAUUAAUAUAUUUAGCCAAAUAUGUUAAAUAGAUAUCAGUUUUUCUAUUGUUAAUAGAUUUUUAGUUAAAUAAUUAUAUAUAUAAAUGUCAUUAUGUGCCUUUAUGGUGUUUAUUUAUAAUAAACCUUAUAUAUAUAUAUAUAUUUUAAAAUACAUACCAUGACUUACGCUUUUUUCCUAUUUGUAUUAAUUCUACUAAUAUUAGAAAUGUGAAAGUUUUUAAAGUUGUUUCGAUUAUUGUAAUUCAUUCACGUUUAAACAGCUAAAUGGAUUUGAAUGACAUUUAGUACAUGUAUAGACCAUACCUUAGAUUAACAUAUAGAACAAUGUUUCUGCUAAUUAUUUAGGCAAUGUCGCAGGGUACGCCUAGAUUUAUAAAUAAUUGAGUUUGUGUAAAUAUUUGUUUGUUUUAAUCAAUGACAUCGUUUAUUGCUGUUAAUAGGCAAGUAAUUUAUUUUUUUACUUUUAAAGAUUACAAUAGAAAGUACCAGGGCAGCAUAAAUGUAUAGGAGUUAUAAAAUACUAAAAUAUAUAAUAUUCCUUUCGAGUUGCGUGUUUCAAAUGUCACACAUACUGUCGCUGUGAUAUUUUAGUUUGUAAGACACGAGAUCGUAUCUGUUGUGAAUUUAUUAAAAUGUUAAGUAUUUUUUUAUUGAAUUAUAUGUAAGUAAUAUAUUUUGCUAAUCAUGA